GCAUUUGCGUAUGUGCUCAGCGAGUGUGCGUGAGAGAGUAAGAGAGAGUGUGAGUGUAUCAAAGGCUGCUGCUUUUUAUUUAGUGAAUUAAUGCACGUUCAGAUGAUUUACAGUGAAGUACUGAGGCGUGCUGGAGGCAGUGUCGGAUUCUAGUCUGCGGGUUGGUUAGUGCCGAAAUUGACAACUCGGAAGGACAUCCGACAAGCGUGCAGAGAAACACGCUGGAAAUCACCCGAUGAGAUGGCAGCAACAGAGAGUAUGAUGGUUCUCCAGAGCUCUGCACUUGUUGCCCCUGUGACUGCUCUGGAGUUUGUUGGAGAUGACUGCUUACUGACAGGCGAAGGACCCAUCCUCUCCAUCUUCCGUCUCGAAGCUGCACCUACGCAACGUGCUUCACUUAGUGUCCUGCAUAACUACCGAAUCCAUGGCAUGCGGCCCAAGCUGCAAAAAAAUGAUGUUUCUGAAAUCGAGGUAGCUAUUUUUGGUGGCAAAGCGUUGCGUCUUAUAAACAUCAGGCCUUGUGCCCUUAGUUUACAAGUAGCUGGCCCUUUAUUGGAGCUCCAGGAUUGGGUCCUGGAUGUUUCCUGGCUAAUAGGAGAGACCAAAUCAUUACUAGGCGUAUGUCUGGCUCACAACUCUGUGCUGCUUUUAGAAGCACACUCUGGAAUCAUCAUAUCUCUCCGCUCCUGUGAAGAGAUGUGUCUUCUUUACUCGGCACUUCUGAUUGGUCCAAACUGGGAAACAUCAGUGCUGGUGGGGGGGACUGUCUUCAACCAGCUGGUCCUGUGGAGACCUGGAGGGAGCAAAGGAGACAGCCAGUCUCAGGUAGAGAGACGCCUGCUGGGGCACAGUGGUGUGAUUUUCAGCCUGUGCUACCUCCAGAGUGCCAGAUGGUUGGCGUCUGCCUCAGACGAUCGUAGCGUUCGUGUCUGGAACGUCGGUGUGCUGGGCGCAGAUGGAGGGUGCGGAGUAGAAUCACCCACAUGUCUGCGAGUCUUCUACGGGCACCAGGCUCGUGUAUUUUGUGUCCGACUCUCACCUGGCUGUGUGUUCAGUGCUGGGGAGGAUGGUGCUUGUCUACUGUGGGAGUGGGAAGGGAAUGGGAGAGUGGGCCAAACUUUAAAGGGUCAUAGAUCUGGUGGCAUCAGAUCGCUAGCUGUGAGUAGAGGAGGUGGAUGGGUGGCUACAGGCGGCGCUGAUGGGGGAAUACGGGCAUGGAGAGUUUUGGAGGGAACACGUCUAGUGGACCAAAGCAAAGAAGCAGAUUGCCAGAUUGAUUUGGGUUUCAGUGGACGAGGUUGUCCUAAGGUUGUGCGUUCGUUAGGAGGCCGCGAUGCUGUGCUUGUUUGCACUGAUCAAGGAGAAGUGCUUUUGCAUCAGGAUGAAUCGUGGCAGACAGUUUGGAAUGGUGGGCCAGAAUUUCAGUCCUACUGUGUGAUGGAUGUAGCACCUGUCCAAUUUCAGGAUGCCUCUUUGUGGGUAUGUGCCGUAGGUAAUUUGAACAGUGGGGUCCAGGUGUUUGCUCUACACCAUCCAAAUUCAGGUGUAUUACUGCAAGCAGGCCAGGGGAAGGUUCAUGCUUUGCAAUGGGUACAAGGGGAUCGUUUGUGUCUCUUGGCCUCUGGUGCUGAAGGACUGGUAUAUAGAUGGACACUAGAGGUGAUUGAGGAUAAAACAGGCCUAGGUUUGAGAUUGGAAAAGCAAAAGUCCUUUCUGUUGCCAACCUGUGCCAAGAGAUGGCUCACUGCUGCAGUUAGGCUGCCACGUGGAAAUGGAUCACUCUGGGUGUGUGGAGACCGCCGAGGUUCACUGCUGCUCUACAGAGAGGGGGAAUUGUGUGAAGAAAGUGAAGUGGAUAGAGAGAACCGAGAAGGAGGGAGUAAGGAAGAGCAAGGAGUUUGGGAGGAUGAGAACAGAUGGCCUGAAAGCACUGUAAAUGACAUUGCUCCCAUUUCACCUGUCAACACACUGUUUGGCGUUCAUGGGAAGCAAGGCGUGACUAGUGUAUGCGAGCAUCAGGGUUUGUUUUAUAGCACCGGUCGGGACGGGUGCGUGCGGGUUCUGACAGUAGACAGGAACACUCUAAAGGUGCGGCGUGUUCACCGUGCCAGCAAAGGAAUGGAGUGGUUAGAAAAAGUCAUGUUCUUGGGUUCUGAAAUAUCUGACAUGUAUGAGGUCAUUGAGAGAAGGAAACAAGAUGGUGAGGAGGAAGAGAGGAGUAUAACAGAUAGUGGGCUAGAGAUUGAAGGAGUUGGUCAAAAGAAGAGAGAUACAUUUAAUGAAGAAGCAGAAUUGAAAAAGACCAUUGGAAUCAACUUGGAAGAUAGUGGGAGUGAAAGAUUUGCAGAAGCUCGUUUUGUAAUGGUUGGCUUCCACUCUAUUCAGUUUGUUUUAUGGGAUCCCUUGACACGAGAUAAACUUUUCUCGGUUACGUGUGGAGGAGGACACAGGUCCUGGGCUUACAUUUUCCCUUCUCACACUCAAGCACUGCCAUCUUCACACAGUCUCAGAGAAGGAAUGCUUAUCUUCAUCCAGAAAGGAGCUGUCAUGUCUUCUCGUUCCCUGACUUCCAAGGCAACCCAUGUGAGAGGACACACUCUGAAAGAUGGACUUCAUGGCCGAGGCCUGAGUUGCAUUUGUCACCUUGGUAGUGUUUCCAGAGGUGGACUGUCAUCCGAGGAAUGGGAGGUGCUAGUUACCGGUGGCGAAGACACCACCGUGUCCGUGCUUGCUAUUGAACCUGGGCAAGGCACGGUGAAAGUACUCGCUGUAUUAGCUGAUCACAUUUCAAACGUUCGAACACUGGCUGCGGUCCAAAGAGAACCAAGACAAAAAGGAGGUAGUAACAGCAGGACAAAUACAUCUUCAUUAUCAACCUUUCUCUUUUCUGCCGGUGGGAGGGCGGAACUACAAUGCUACCAGCUCCUUAUUGGCUGGAAUGAGCAGGUAAAUUGGCCUGUCUGUCAAGUGACUCAGGUUGCUGGUCACAGACUGGAUGAGCAAUGGGAGAGAAGACGGAAUCGCCACAAGACUGUAAAAAUGGAUCCUGAGACAAGGUACAUGUCGAUGGCUGUGGUGCAUGAAAGCAUAGAGGAGAUUCUUGUGACCCUCGCCUGCAGCGAUGGAGCAGUGAGGCUUUUUACUGUGAGGGUGGAGAGCAGGAAAGUUGAGCUUGUCUGGGAGAAUUUUUACCAUCAGCGCUGUGUGCUCAGUGUUGCCUCUUAUAGCUUUGAAGACCCACAGGGCAAGCAGCAUGUGUUGUUGUUUAGCGGGGCUACAGAUGGUGCUGUAGCUCUGUGGGAUCUGACUACAGUGUUGGACAGUAAAUCCAUGGACAGCUGGCAUGGUCCUUCUGCUCCUUGCUUCUCUCUCCCUGUUCAUCAAAGCGGAGUAAACGCCCUUGUAAUAUCUAACGAAGUGGGACCAAUGGACAAAGACAUCAUCACCGUGGCUAGUGGUGGAGAUGACGGACAGCUGUCAUUAAUGAAGAUCCGAAUGCAGCUCCGUCAAGAGGUUGUGUUUCCAGAGCUGCUCUCUCAUUGGACAGUCCCGUUAGCGCACUCUGCUCCACUAACGGCCCUGGGCGCUCUUGAUUGUGCAACACUGGUGUCAACGUCUCCAGAUCAGCGCGUUUGCGUGUGGCGUGUGUGUCACGACGGACUUCAGAACAAAGCCACAGUGUUCUCACACACAGCAGAUGCUGCAGGACUGUGGGUGUGGCACAAGAAAGGGUCAGGAUUACAGAGUAGAGACUAUGUGGUGGUUUGUGGGCAGGGCUUGCAGGUCCUGGAGUUAACAAAUGGAAAAGACCCAGAAAGAAAUGAAAAGGAAUGAAAGAAUGUGAGGUUUUGUCAGAGUCUAACCUGUUAAAAUAUUAAUGACUGGAUUUAGAGCACUGAUCAAAGCAAGCACAGAUUGACUUUUUUUUACUGUAGAUUUUUAAGAUUCAAAAUAUAAGACUUUUUAAUUUAUGAUAACCGGUUUUGUACAUUAUUUGGCCAAGAGAUACAUUUUCUGGUUUUAUUUAUAAAAUAUUUAGUUUUUUGUAUGCUGUAUAGAAUGAUGUAGUGAUGCUUUAGGUACAGUAGGUCUGUCAAUAAAUAUGUAUGCAUACACA